UCUUUUAUUCUUUAAUUUAACCUCCAUUAAUCCAACCUCUCUGUCCUUUCUCUCACACAGAUCAUUUAUCACGAUUCAUCCUAUACGAUUCAUACUGUUACUAGGUCGAAUCUUCCAAAAGAGAUCCAUCCUACUGUGUGUAAGAUAAUAGUCUUAUAUCCGAUCGUUGGAGCUGUUUCCGAGUCGGGAACCUAGGGUUUUUGAAUGGCUCAAGCAACCGGAGGGAGGGACAGGGUCGUUGGAGACUACCUGGUAGGCCGGCAAAUCGGGUCGGGUUCAUUCUCGGUGGUGUGGCUCGCUAGGCACCGGGUCCAUGGAGCCGAAGUUGCGAUUAAGGAGAUCGCCACGAGUCGAUUGAACAAGAAAUUGCAGGAGAGUCUUAUGUCGGAGAUCUUUAUAUUGAAGAGGAUUAACCAUCCCAAUAUCAUUCGCCUGCACGAUAUUAUUGAGAUUCCUGGAAAGCUGCAUCUUGUAUUGGAGUAUUGCAGAGGGGGUGACCUUUCGAUGUAUAUACAACGCCAUGGCCGAGUUCCAGAAGCAAUUGCGAAGAACUUCAUGCAACAACUAGCUGCUGGUUUGCAAAUUAUCCGUGAAAAUAAUAUUAUACACCGAGAUCUUAAGCCACAGAACCUGCUCCUAUCAACAAACGAAGAAAGUGCCGUUUUGAAAAUUGCAGAUUUUGGUUUUGCAAGAUCCUUGCAACGUAAUCGCUUGGCGGAAACAUUGUGUGGCUCGCCUCUUUAUAUGGCUCCAGAAAUAAUGCAACUUCAGAAGUAUGAUGCAAAGGCAGAUCUCUGGAGCGUUGGUGCCAUUUUAUUCCAGCUUGUAACUGGGAAAACCCCAUUUACAGGAAAUAAUCAAAUACAGUUACUUCAAAAUAUUGUAAAAUCAACUGAAUUACAUUUCCCUCCAGUUGAUAAGGAUUUAAGCAGUGAGUGCAAAGACUUGUGCCAGAAAUUGCUGCGCCGUAAUCCAGUGGAACGAUUAACAUUUGAGGAAUUUUUCAGUCAUCAGUUCCUUUCUUCAAGGCAGCCAGAUAACAUGUCUAGGUGGUCUUCGAGAUCAAUGGACGAUAUUCCUUCUUCUGAAAGCAGUCCAUUGCGGAACACAGAGGAAAGUUCUCAGGAAGACUGCUUGCCUUUCUUUCUAGAUGAUGACUCUAGUGGUCCUGAGGGGAGUCCUUCCUAUUUCAAGAGGAGAUCCUCGAUGAAAUCUACUUGCAGUUUCUCUCCUGAUAUACAAGCUGACAGAAGGGAAGCAACAUCUAAUGUCUUGAAUAACGUGGACUUUACUUCCAGAUAUGGCAGUGCCAUAAAUAAAUUGGGGAAGCCUCGUUGUAGACUUGACUUAUUUUCAGAUGAGAACUUAAACGAACAUCCAAAAGUGAUGGACCAAAGGCCAGCAAGGUCAAGAGCUUCUACAGUAGUGGAUUCACUAGAGUCGAUUGAUCAAGAUUAUGUUCUUGUUUCUGGAUCCCCUAUGGAUUUGUCUUCUACUUUGGCAACUGCUUCCAGGCCAAGCCAUAUGAAAUCUGCAUUAGAUGGUCCUCCCAUGACAUCUUUUAACAGAAAUACUUCACCUAGUGUGCCCAUGCCAAUCAUUGGUGCCAUGAACAAUAACACAUAUUGUGUUGGAAGUUUAGAAAGUCAGAGCUCUGCUGCUGGGACUUCUCAAGGAUCCAUGGACAUAGGAUAUACUUUGGUGCAACCAUCAACUCACAGCAUGACAAGGGUUAAGUCAUUGCGGCAGUUCGCUUUUGCCAUCACAGAAUUAGUUCAUGAAAAGGUAGAGUCAUGUAGGCAACUAGAAGCAAUCUCAAUCCAGCUUGUGAUACUUGCGAUUUGGAAGCAAGCUCUCCAUAUUUGCCAUACGCAGGCUGCCUCAGCUAUGGAAGGAAGUCCAAGUCAAGGAAGUACAAGAUUGAGGAGGAACAGCAGCAAGAAGCAUGGUUCUCCUGAUGCUGAAGAUUGUCUUGGUGUUUUCAAUUCUCAAAGGCCAGAGAAUAUUUCUUCCCAGAUUGAAAGGGAAUUCCUAAAGGAAGUUGAGCAUGCUGAGAAACUCGCGAUGGCCAUUGAGCCUGGAAAUACAGAGAUGCCUGAUGCGAUGGAGAUGAUAUUUCAAUCUGCCCUUGCUCUCGGCAGAAACGGAGGGGUUGAUGAACUCAUGGGCAACAUGGAAACUGCAGCUUUGUCGUAUUCAAAGGCAGUGCGGCUGUUAUCAUUCCUUCUGGUGGAAGCGCCAUCCCUAAUUCUGAACCCUCCGUUCUCUCUCACAAAUUCAGAUCGGUAUAGGCUCAGAUCGUACAUCGAUAUCCUUAAUAAUAGGCAUGGUCAUUCAAAGUCUCAAAGGUUGGCUAUUCUCAAAGUGUGAGGAUCAACAAUGCCCUCGUUAGAAAACGAUUUUUGUAUAAAAUUAUUUGUUUGUACAGUUAUUCUUUGGAGUGAUGGGGCAUCGGGACGUUUGCUAGCAUUGAAUUAUUUAUUCUCAAUCCUGUGAAAUAGAAAAUGUUGUUCAUUAUUUCAUAUUUGUCUUCCUUCGAUAGGCA